UUCGCGGUGGAUUGUGGGAACGGAAGAGCGGAGGAUUCGGACGCUGUUGUGAUUGUGGCGAACUGGAACUAUUAACUUCAUCUGACGGGGUUUUAAUUCGUCUUUUGAACAUAAUUAUUUACUAAUGCGGGGGGACGAGUCCGACUCGGAUUCGGGGAAAAUGGACGAAAGUUCCGUCCGAACCAGUUUGGACGCGCUCUGCCAGGAACUUAAUAUGGACGAGGAGACUGCAACUGAAGCCAUGCAAAACUUCACAGCCAUAUGGAAUACAUACACCCUGGAGGGAGAGGUGGUACACUGGCUGGCGUGUGCUCUGUACGCAGCCUGCAGGAAGAACUGCACUCCCACGGUGGGGCGAGGCCUAAUGGAGGGGAACUGCGUGUCGCUCACCCGCAUCCUCCGGACCGCCAAACUCAGUCUGCUGCAGUUCUUCAGUAAGAUGCAGAAGUGGCUGGAGAUGACCAGUCUGCCUCAGGACUUCAGGCUGCGCGUAGGCAGGCUGGAGCGCAACUUUGAGGUUUCCACGGUGAUCUUCAGGAAGUUUGAGCCCAUCUUCAUGGACAUGUUCCAGAACCCCCAGGGAGAGCCCCCACGCCAGCCCCGCAGCAGGAAACACAGACGGCAGCCGUGUCACGUGACUGACGUGUUCCGGUUCUGCUGGACUCUGUUCGUCUACACGAAAGGAAACUUCAGGAUGAUAGGUGAUGACCUGGUGAACUCAUAUCAUCUGCUGCUCUGUUGUCUGGACCUGGUGUUCAACAACGCUCUGCUCUGCUCCAACAGCAAAGACCUCAUCAACCCUCUCUUCAGAGGGCUGCCGGGCGUGUGCAGUGAGAGCCAGGCCCCAGGCCUGCAGGGGGGGGUGACGGAGGCUGGUCCUGUGGUGGAGCUUCCCAGCGUGAUGGAGCGGCUGUGUGAGUUACAUGACGGGCUGGUGAUGGAAGCCAAGGGGAUCCGGGAACAUUACUUCAAACCCUACAUCACACGGCUGUACCAGAGAGGGAUCCUGCAGGGGAACGAGGAACAGCUGACACAGCUGCUGGAUCCACCCAACUUCACAGACAACAAUAAGUCCGUGAACAGGGAGUAUGAGGAGUACGUGUUGACUGUGGGGGACUUUGACGAGCGAGUGUUUCUGGGCACCGACGCCGACGAGGAAAUCGGAACCCCUCGCAAGACCGGCCCCGCCCCCAGCACUGUCCACGGACAGCUGUCUGCUCGAAAGCAGGUGGAGAGCAACCUGCAGCAGCACUUUGACAAGACCCGCUCUCUGGCGCCCUCUACGCCCCUGACGGGGCGGCGCUACCUGAAGGAGAAGGAUCAGCUGGUGACUCCCGUGUCCUCGGCUACGCAGAGCGUCAGCAGGCUGCAGAGCAUGGUGGCCGGCCUGCGGCCCACACCCAGCCCCGCCCUCAUCAACAUAUGCAGGUCCUGCUCCAGAGACCCUCUGGAGAACAUCCAGACCAGAAUCAAGACGCUCGGAGAUGCCUUCAAACAGCACUACACACAUGACACUCACCUGCUGCCGGGAUCCCACAUGGACUUUGCAGAGAAGCGCCUGCGUCUGGGGGAGAUCCUGUACUACAAGGUCCUGGAGAACGUCAUGCUGCAGGAGACCCGCCGACUCCACGGCAAGGACAUGGCUGUUCUGCUGGAGCAGGACAUGUUCCACUGUUCUCUGCUGGCCUGCUGCCUGGAGGUGGUGCUGUUCUCCUACAGCUCCCCCAGAACCUUCCCCUGGAUCAUCAGCAUCUUCAAGCUGCCUGCUUUCUACUUCUUCAAGGUGAUAGAAGUGUUCAUCAGGGCGGAGGAGGGUCUGUCCAGGGACAUGGUGAAGCAUCUGAACUCUGUGGAGGAGCAGGUUCUGGAGAGCAGAGCCUGGACUGCCUCCUCCGCCCUCUGGGGGGCGCUGCAGGCAGACGGCAACAAGGUCCCUACCGUGGAGGAGGUCAACUUCCCGGGCAGCUUUGACACGGGCUGCGGCAGUUCUGGCCCCACCCACCUGCCCCUGGUCUCCCUGUCCCCCAUCGUCCACCCACGCAUACGAGAGUUCCGCUCCGCCCUGGGCAGCGCCCGCAAAGACGUUCCCCCCUCCCCCCUCUCCGUCCACGACCGCUACAGCUCGCCUGCAGCCGGCAGUGCCAAGAGACGGCUGUUUGGGGACGAGCCCCCCCCCAGGCCCCCGGGGCACCUGGCCCCCCCUGCCCUCAGCCCCCUGGCCUCCCCUGCUAAGAGGCUGAGCUUCAGCCCCGGGGCCAUGCUGAAGAUAGACAGCCCCACCCUGCUCAUGUCCUCUCCUCACAGCCAGACGCUCAGCUUCCCCCUGCAAGGUUUAAAGACCAACGGAAGCGGAAUCACGCUGAUCCAGUCUGGCCCAAUCACGGCGCAGAUACUGCUGACCGCCUCCCCCAGCCGCCCAAGCCCCGCCCCUCAGCCGAGUGCCACGCGUCCGAGACGCACCGGGUCCUUGGCCCUGUUCUUCAGGAAGGUGUACCACCUGGCCAGUGUUCGUCUGAGAGACCUGUGUGUGAAACUGGACAUCUCCCCGGAGCUGAGGGGGAAGAUCUGGACGUGCUUGGAGCACUCCCUGGUCCACUGCUCCUCCCUCCUGAGGGACAGACACCUGGACCAGAUCCUGCUCUCCGCCAUCUACAUCAUCUCCAAGAUCACCAAAGAGCCUCACACCUUCCAGGAUAUCAUGAAGUGCUACCGUAGCCAACCACAGGCCAGCAGUCAGGUGUACCGUAGUGUACUGCUUUGUCACAAAGAGAAGCCUGACGAGCACAUGGAAGUGGAACCCACGACAGGAGAGAAAGCCAAUCAGGAGAGCCGAGAAGAGUCUCCCAGCCAAUCAGAGGAGGAGCGUGGUGACCUCAUCCAGUUCUAUAACACCAUCUACGUUCUGAAGAUGAAGAGCUUCGCCCUGCGCUACGCCACGCUUGGCAACGACACCAGGAUGGAGGCUCCACCCCCCCUGUCUCCGUUCCCGGCCAUGCGAGCCCAGCCCCUCUCCCCCCGCCGGGUGUCCCAGAAGCACACCCUCUACGUCUCCCCCCACAAGCCGCCCCACUGCCCCCCCCCCUCCUCCGCCUACACCUACCACAUCAACGGCAGUCCCUCCAAGGAGCUGAGUGACAUUAACAGGAUGAUCCGUCAGGGGGGCGGGGCCCAGGGGGAUGUGGCCCAGGGGGGCGUGGCCCUGGCCAGCAGGAAAAGGGCGUUCUCCAUGGAGGGCGACUACGCGGACGCGUCCCCCUCCAAGCGAGCGUGUGACAGCAGCGAGGACGUGUUGCUACGACGACUGCAGGACGUGGUAUCUGAGAGGAAGCACCACUGAAGGGUGGAUGUGUGUGUGUGUGUGUGGGGGGGGGUGGAUGUGUGUGAGUGUUGUGCGGGGGGGUGGAUGUGUGUGUGUGUGUGGAGGGGGGGAGCAGGCAAUGUUGUGUACAGUUCUCUGGAUGUGUAGUAUCUACACAGGUUAUUUUAUGGGGUGUGUGUGUGUGUGAGAGAGAGAGAGAUCAUGUGAACACAGUUCAUAUGGAAGGUAUCAGUGUUAUAAUCACAUAUCCACUAUACACGUCUGGCCACUAACCAACCAGACCAGGUUUCCUCUGUAACUAAUUACAAUCACUCACUUUUGAACAAUAAAACUGC